CCAUCAAACGUGGAAAAAACACUAAAUUCAUUUUUUAAUACCAUUGAGAGAUUUUUUCCAGGUUGCCCCAAGUACUUCGUUAUGAAGAUCAUCAUCCUUUUGAGUCUUUUAGCCGGUGUGCUUGGAAUGCUUUCCCCAAGUAUUAGCUUUAAUCCCAAAGACAUUGAACGAGAUUUUCACAAAUUUGACUUUAACAAAGAUGGCAAUUGGCAACUAGAAGAAGUGUUGCUGUCAUUCGACCACAUUGACAUUGAUGGAGAUGGAUUUUUGAAUAUGAAUGACUUAACCCAUUUUCUACCGUCUGAAUAUCCUACAAGCGAAGUGCAAGGAAUGUUCAAGUACUGCGACAAGCUGGACGGCACGAACGAUGACAGGAUUGCUCGAAUAAAUGUCAACAAUUUAUUUAAAAUCUUGGACACUGAUGACAACGGGAAUGUUUCACUUGCAGAAUUUCAAAGGAACCUACCACAGGUUUUGAGCGGCAUGCUAGAAGAGGUUGAGGCCUCAAUGGUGAAGUGUUCAAGAAGCUAAUACCUGGAACAGAAGGAAAAAUAAAAUAUUUAAAAUGCAUCUUGACACAUUUGCUUGUUUCAUGUAGUGGUAAGAAGAUUAAGUAAAUGCAAACGCUGUUUUUAAAAUAUCUAUCAUGGUAGUGGUAUCGCCGAUGAUGAUAUCUCAUCCCAAUUCUAAAGCUUUUGAACCUAUUACCCUUUACCACAUUUAAAAAAUAACAAACAUAAAAAGCUAUUUUUAUAAUUUUUUUACUGAUUAUGAGAACUUCUGUGUCUGAACAUCUCUUUAGUCCUGUAUCACCAACGUACAGUGUAAGCCUACUAUAAAAGUAAAAAACAGAAUGAAACAAAAAAAA